AUGGGCUCUAAGAAUGAAGAAAAGUCACAUUCUGACUCUAGUGACUCGAGUGAUUCUGACUCAGAAGAUGUCUUUGGACCGUCAUUGAUUGUUCCAGACCAGGAGAAACCGCAGAAUCAAGAUGCAAAGCCAGUGAAAAAGAAGAGAAGAACAAUCAAAUCAGUUAUCCCAGAGUCGAUGCUUGCGUCAAAUCUUCCAUUGAACGAAUCCUACAGGUAUUCAUAUGAACAAGAAUCAAAUAUUAGCACAUUGACCAAGACCCAGGAUGAUGAACUCAUAAUUGUGGGGUUGAAAAAUGGUACGGUUAAAUUUUUCAAAAAACAAAUUGCUUCAAGUACUAUCCCUGAUGAAGAGGGCACAGAGAUUGAUGGUCAAUUAGAAUUGCUUAAACAGUUUUCGGCUCAUCCAGAAAAAUCAAUUGUUCAACUCAUAGUUAACCAUGAUGAUUCUUAUCUAGCCAGUAUUGCUCAAGAUGAUGAUAACAUUAAAAUAUUUGAUCUUCGAAGCUUGGAUAUGAUUCAAGCCAUUAAGCUUGAAUUUGUCCCCAAUGAUACAAUAAAGCAACCAUGUUGCUGGUUCAAGAACACUGGUGGGACUGCAUGUCUUGCCAUUAGCGAAAAAGGCACUAGAAACAUUCAUUUUAUUGAUCCCGAAAAUGAUAAUACCGUAAGAUCUAUUGAAGUUCAUAGAUUCCCGAUAACUUCCCUUAUAUUCAAUUUCAAAUACAACUUUUUCAUUUCGUCGGAUAUAAAAGGAAUCGUUGAGUUUUGGAAUGAUCAAGGAGAAUUACCAGCUUCGGUGUCUUUUAAACUCAAAUCAGAAACUAAUUUAUUCGAAAUAGCAAAAAAUAAAGCAAAAGUAUCCAAUAUGAUCAUAUCGCCCGAUAGCAAUCUCUUGGUCACUGCUUCUCAACCCGAUAAUGUUUUACGAAUAUUCAAUUGCCAAUCAGGAAAGCUAUUAACAAAAAUCGACCAAUCAUUAGCUAUUCAUGAGAAAGAAGAUCUAAAUCCUAAGCUUCUAAGUUUCGAAAGGAAAAUGAUUUCUGAGAACUUAAAUACUUUAUUUAAUCAUCAUAACAUGGUUUUCGACGAUACCGGUAAAGUUCUUAUCUUCCCUUCAAUAAUUGGAAUCAAGAUUUUAAACUUACAAACUAUGAAAAUAAUCAAAGUCUUGGGACAAGAAGACCAAAUUGACCAAGUUAUUAGAUUUAACAACAUUGGGCUUCUCAAUAAAUCAGCAAUGCAUCAAUUGACCAGCUCGAUGCUUGCAUCUAAUAAUUCCCUCAUUGAUUCAAAACUAACCAAAAACCCUAUAUUAGUGUGCUCUGCAAUUAACUCUAAUAAACUAUAUGUUUUCAAUAAUAAAUCCCAAACCGAUGAUAAAAGAGAUUUUACGUUGACUAACUCGCUCGGAAAUGUUUCUAGAUCCAAAUAUCAGUCUAAGUCCAAGACAAUAACUAAUGCAAUACUACAUACUAGUUUGGGUGAUAUAAAAAUUAAACUUUUUCCCAGUCUUGUACCACGAACCGUCGAGAAUUUUGUGAAACUAUGUCAGAAUCAGUACUAUAAUAACGUUAUCUUUCAUCGUGUCAUUAAAGAUUUCAUGAUUCAAACCGGGGAUCCGCUAGGUGACGGCACAGGAGGUCAAUCAAUAUGGGGAACUAACUUAAAGGAUGAAUUCAACCCAAUGCUCAAACAUUCUAAACCAUUCAUGGUAAGUAUGGCCAAUUCAGGUCCGGAUUCUAAUGCAUCCCAAUUUUUCAUCACUACUCAACCUGCCCCCUGGUUAGAUAAUAAACACUCCGUCUUUGGGGAAGUAGUCGAUGGCAGCGAUACGGUAAAAGCUAUCGAGGCCCAGGAAACUGACAAAACUGAUCGUCCAAUUAACCAAAUCCUCUUACUAUCGACAUCUUUGGAAUCUUGA